UUGGCCGGGGGCGGUGCUUGGAGGUUCCUGCGAUGCUGCCUGGCGCCUAGUGUGAGGUUCCGCGCCUCUGCUGUUCGCCCCGUGGACUCUAGAGCCGGGCUGCGCGCCGCCGUCCUAUCCGCACGCCCCUUCCCGCACCGACUUGUCUGCUCUAGGAUCUUGGAUAUGGAUCUUCUUCAGUUCCUCUUUGUCCUGCUAUUGUCUGGGACAGGAGUCACAGACACCCUGAAGACCUCCCUGGACCCGAGCCUGGAGAUCUACAAGAAGAUGUUUGAGGUGAAACGGCGAGAACAACUGCUGGCCCUGAAAAACCUGGCACACCUAAAUGAUGUCCACCAGCAGUACAAGAUUCUUGACGUCAUGCUCAAGGGGCUCUUUAAGGUGCUGGAGGACUCGCGAACAGUGCUCACUGCUGCAGAUGUGCUCCCAGAUGGGCCCUUCCCCCAGGACGAGAAACUGAAGGAUGCUUUCUCCCAAGUAGUGGAGAACACGGCCUUCUUCGGUGAUGUGGUGCUGCGCUUCCCGAGGAUUGUGCACCACUACUUUGACCACAAUUCCAACUGGAACCUUCUCAUCCGCUGGGGCAUCAGCUUCUGCAACCAGUCGGGCGUGUUUGACCAGGGGCCCCACUCGCCCAUCCUUAGCCUGAUGGCCCAGGAGCUGGGGAUCAGCGAGAAGGACUCUGACUUCCAGAACCCAUUUAAAGUAGACCGCCCAGAGUUCAUUUCCAGCACCGACCCUUUCCAGAAGGCCUUGAAGGAGGAGGAGAAACGCAGGAAGAAAGAGGAGAAGCGGAAAGAGAUCCGAAAGGGCCCACGGAUCUCAAGAUCCCAGUCGGAGUUAUAGCCGGGAACAGCCCAGGGCUCAAGGGGCCAGGAGGAGACAACUCUGGAGGAAGAGGUGGAGGCAUCGACUGGUGGUGAGAGCUGGCCCCUGUGAACAGGGAGGUGGCAUUUGCUCAGCCCCCUGGAGCUGGCUCUGCGCCCUAACAGAAGUGACUGGGCCACAGAGGACUGAAUUUCUUUCCAGGGGCUUCCCUGGAGAGGGUGCCAAGGGGGUCUUCAGAGGAUGCCAUGCUGCAGAUCAAACCAUGUCGAGAUGCUGGGGGAGGCUGGAAGGAUCCCAGGCUGGACUCUCCCUUUGGGUUAGGACCGCUGGCCAGCCGGCUGCCGCCCUUGAGGAGGGCUCUGAACCACUUCUGGAAGUGCCGUGCCUGCUGCUGGCCCCACUGUGGCACUGUGCUGCCCAGCACAGGUCCCAGCCCCCUGCAAAGGCACAGUAAAAGCCAGCAGACCCUCUGGGCUAACAGAGGCCGGUUUGGGCCCCAGGGAGCUGUGAGCCCUUUCAUGGGCCAGGGGCCUGGCAAGGCAGUGAAGCAGGGCCUUGGCUUAGGUCUCCUAGUCCUUUCUCAGCACUGUCCUUCGUGAAGGAGUGUCCAAAGGUGUUCAGCCAAAGACUGUAGAGCAGCAUGAUCUCUGUCCCAUCAGAUAUUGGGGAUAAUCCAUGAACAGGUGCAGGGUAGAAUCAACGUGUCAUCUCUGGCAACCCCAGGAGACCCUUGGCCUGUGGGUAGGCGAUGUCAGGGGACAGGCUCUAGCUCUGCAAGAGGCUGUGCUUUGUAAUGGCAGGGCUGCCCCAAGCUGGACUGGUCAGAGAGCUCCCCAUGGCAGAGACCAGGGGCCACAGAGCAGGGAAGCUGCAAGGGAAUUAGGCCCCGAAUUGGCAGCUACCCUUUAAUCAUGUCCCUCCCAGGCAGAGGAGGGAGGGGCUCCGGUGGGAAUUCCAGUUCAGUCUCUUUGACCUUGCCAAGCUAGGUCUGUGUCUUAAAAGGGGAGAGACAGGGCGCCUGGGUGGCUCAGUUGGUUAAGCGACUGCCUUCGGCUCAGGUCAUGAUCCUGGAGUCCCGGGAUCGAAUCCCGCAUCAGGCUCCCUGCUCGGCAGGGAGUCUGCUUCUCCCUCUGACCCUCCUCCCUCUCAUGCUCUCUGUCUCUCAUUCUCUCUCUCGCAAAUAAAUAAAUAAAAUCUUUAAAAAAAAAAGGGGGGGGAGAGACAUCUGACCAGCCCAGAACCCUGCAGCCCCCCACACUGACAGAAUCCAAGAGAGAUGGGAGUCUUGUCUCAGCCCCUCAGACUUGCUGAGUGACUCUGGCCCAGCCCUUCCCUGUGCUGUGGCUUCAUUGACAAAAUGAAUCUGAUAAUGUCUGAACCCUCCGCCCAGUCCUAAACUGCUUCUCUGAGGCUGGAGCCCGCUUCUCAGUGACAGAUGCCCUUCUCUGAUGGUUCUUCUAUCAUCCUUUAGGUUUGCUGAGCAUCCCUGUGUGCACAACUAAAGAGAGGGGCCCAAUCUUAACCCAUCUUCACCUCUGUCCCAUCUGGUUCCCCUAAUCCUCCUAGGCUCUUCCUUCUACACCUUCAGCCUCUCCAUCUUGGUCGAUUCCUUCCUCCAUUCUCAAAUGAGCCCAAAUUUUCCCAUCUGACACCUUCAAAGAAAGAAACAGAACUGCUCUGCUCUCCCCCUCUCUCUCCUUCCCUUUGAUGCCUUUGUUGUGGUUACUAGUUCCUGGAACUCUGUCUCAAGUCUUACUGCAGGCAGAGCCUUCCCGCUUCCUUGGCAGGAGGUGUAACGGCCCGAGGGCACUUGUUUGUCAAGCUUCUUUGCAGCCAGGAUUCAGUCCUGUGAGCCCUGUGCCAUCAACCAGAUGUACCAGCCUGUGCGGGAGUUGCGCUGGUAGGACUAGGUAGUGGCUGCUGGGACCAGAGGUAGCAGUGGGGCAGGGGAUGGGGGCGGUUCUAGUGACCAGACUAGACUAACACCAGGGGUGCCCAGUGGUGGUGACAGUUAUGUCUUCAGUGGUGUUUUCAGCAUGGUCUUGGAUAGUGUUCCUGUUUGCUGAGCUUCCAAGUCCAAUCUGAGGCGCCCCUGGAGAGUCUGGGAGCUCCCCUAUAUCCUCAGAGGCAGGGGUUUCCAACAGUGGCACUAUUUACAUUUAGGGCCAGAUAAUUCUUUGUUGUGUAUAUAAGGAUGGCUGUUCUGUGUGUUGUAGGAUAUCAGCAGCAUUCUUAGCUUCUGCCCACCAGAUGCUCGUAGCAGUCUCCAGACGUUACUAGAUGACCCCAGGGGCAAAAUCUCCCUGGUCCACAGCCCUUGUCCCUCCUUAUCCCAGCCCCACAUCUUCCUCUCCUGUCCCAUCACUGCCCCCAGAGAAAUGUUGUUGGAAGCUCUCUGAGAUGAUCCUUGCAGGCUUCUGGGCUGCUUUGUUGUCCUGGUUCUCUGUCCUCAGUCUGAGUCAGCUCUGUCUCUUCCUGAUUCCUCCUCUUUCCUCACCUGCCCCUUAAACGAAGCAUUUUUUUUUUUUUAAGAUUUUAUUUAUUUGAGAGAGAGCACAAGAGCAUGGGCAGAGGGAGAAGCAGACUCCCUGCUGAGCACUCCACCAUGUGUGGAGUGGGGGGGUCGGAGGACAGGGGGGCAAUCCCAGGACCCUGAGAUGAGAUCAUGACCUGAGCUUAAGGCAGACGCUUAACUGACUGAGCCACCCAGGUGCCCCCGAAGCUUUUUUUUUUUUUUAAGCCUAGUCUCUCCUCUCUGCUCUUUUCUUCUUGGCAGCUGCAUCCUCUGAGAUCCCAAAGCCAAUGGCACCUGCCCUCUUGCCACUGAUAACCCUCAGUACUUACGUUUCAGCUUAUCCAAAAGCAAACUUGUUUCCCAUCGCCAAGCUUAAUCUCUGUGUCAAACCGUGGGGUACACCUUCUUGCCUAAUCCUGGAGGAAGUGACAAAUCCUACAAGAUUGGGGGGGGGAGAAGGUGACAGGCACUGUGAGCAGAGGCCUAAAAAGGGAGGCAUCAAAGGUAGUAAAUGAAAAAGCAUAUUCAAAGCUCACUUCUCUGACCUGUAGUAAUUGCCCAAUCUGUGGUAGAUCUCUGGAUAUGUGGUUGUCUGUCCCUCCCUUUCCAGGUGAAGAACCCAGGUCCUGAGCAGUGACUUGGCUAAGGCUGCUCCAGCCAUGAGAGCCAGUCUCUGUUCUCCCAGCCAGGGCAAGGUGCCAGUUGGAAGAGAUGUUCAAUGAGUUGGGAUCCAGGGCCAUAGGGAGAAUGCCAGUGUUUUGCUGAGGCUCGGUGUGGUGCAGCUAGCUUUCUUCUGCAGUUUCUACUGAGCCUUCAUUUGUGCCCCCUUGGGCCACUUCGUUAGCACCGCAGCCUCUGGGCAGGUCCAGAGGGGAGUUGUGGGGACAGCGCAGAGUGAGAGGUGCUGUGCCCACUUACCUGACCUGCUGCUCAGGCAGCCCUCUGCAGGGGGUUACUGAGGCUCUGGGUUGGGAGAGCACUGGACCAAAGUGAGUUAUGGUAGGCCAGCAGUCACCCCUCAGUGUGGGGAGCCCUGUGAGAGGCACAGUCAAAGGUGGCACUGCCCAAGUCAAUGCCUGGUUCCAAGCAGAGCAGCAGGGUUUGGUUUUGUUUCAGGGUGAGACUAGUGGGUGUAGUCUGCAUGUAAACAACGAAACAUUCUUGUCCUUUUUCCCCAAAAAAUAAGUCACUGUUUUUUCUUAUGUUAUACAUGUUCAUUAUAAGAAGUAAUUUAGGGGCGCCUGGGUGGCUCAGUUGGUUAAGCGACUGCCUUCGGCUCAGGUCAUGAUCCUGGAGUCCCGGGAUCGAGUCCCGCAUCGGGCUCCCUGCUCGGCAAGGAGUCUGCUUCUCCCUCUGACCCUCCUCCCUCUCAUGCUCUCUGUCACUCAUUCUCUCUGUCUCAAAUAAAUAAAAUCUUAAAAAAAAAAAAAAGUAAUUUAAACAAUACUGAAAUACCAAGAAGAAAAUAAAAUUCACCCUAAA